ACGGAAAGUAAGUACAUUUACUGCGGAGCAAGAGUCGGAUGUCAUGAGAGGAGUUUCUAGUUUGGAUAGUGACACUGAGACGGGUUUUAGAGUAACGAGCGCCGAGCCCCGCAGGAUCUUGAAGUAAAAAUAGGCUGCUGGCCGCUUUCUACCAGACACGUUGUGCACACUGGGGCAGGUAUCGGAGCUGGUGGUCUGUCAGACAGGAAGCCAAAGCAGCUAUGAGGAAUCUUUGGACCAAGGCCAGUGUUUUGGGCUCUGUAUCGGUGUCCAUGGCUUUUGGUUCAGUCCUGUGGUCACAGAAGAAGACCGAACCAGAUCAGAUGGCCUCCAGCUCCACCAUGGCCAGCACAAACCCCGACUCGCCCUAUGAGCUCAAACUGGUCCAGGUCCUGUUUCGACACGGGGCCCGAACUCCACUCAAGUCCAUUCCUGAUGUGAUGGAGGCCCAGUGGGCACCAAACCUCCUGGAGCCCCCAGCACACACCCAUAUCAACUAUGUGGUGACAGAUCUGCACGGAGGCCCCAGGCCACCGGCACCUGUGGAAGACAGCUACCGGAGCAGCAUACUGACUGGUGGCACGUUCCCUGGCCAGCUGACCACAGUGGGCAUGCAGCAGCUGUAUGAGCUGGGAGAGAGGCUGAGGAAGAGAUACAUAGUGGAAAACCCCUUCCUCAGCCCCACCUUCAGCCCGGCUGAGGUCUAUGUUCGCUCUACUAACAUUGUGAGAACCAUUGAAUCUGCCAAAUGCCUGAUAGCAGGGCUGUUUCAACAGAAACAGAAAGAAAUUGUGCCUAUAUUAACAACAGAAGCAGAAGCUGAAAUCCUGUAUCCUAACUACCAUGGUUGCAAGCUCCUCAAAAUCCUCGGUGGCCACCGCUGGGCAGAGUCGUCCACUCUACCAGACAUUGCAGCAGACCUGCAGAGCAUCCAGAGUGCGCUCGGCAUCGCCACCCACCAGCACAUCGACUUCAUCCUCAUUAGGGAUGACAUGGUUGCUAGAGAGACACACGGCCUGCCCUGCCCUCCAGUGCUGGACACCUGGAGGAACACAGUGGAGCAGAGAGCGGUAGACAUGAUCUGUCAUAUCUACGAACCUGGCAAGAGGGAAAACCUGCAGCUGUGUGUGGGACCCCUCCUGCACACCUUAAUGGUCAACAUUGAGGAGAAACUACAGGGCACCUCAUCAGAGCCAAACAGGAAACUGUUCCUGUACUCUGCACAUGACACCACUUUGAUGCCCUGUCUGAUGGCUUUGGGGAUUUUUGACAUGAGAUGGCCACCGUACGCUGCUGAUAUCACUUUGGAGCUGCACCAACACCGGCAGAACAAAGAGGCCUUCGUUAAAGUGUCCUACAUUGGCCAGGACCAACAUAUCCCAGGCUGUAGUGGAGUCUACUGCCCUCUGCAGGAGUUCAAACAGGCCCUCUCAGCUUACUCUCUGACCUCCGAACUCUACCAGUCCCUUUGUAACAGCACAGAGGGCUCAACUGAACCCUGAGGCCUCCACUACCCCUCACAUGUGAACACAGCACUCCCCAUGGCAUGCAUUGCUGACAGUCACCAGUUACCAUGUUUGUUCACAUACUCUUCACGUCAGCCAGCAAACAUCAGUCAUCAUACCUCAGUGUCAGAACGCACAGGGGCCACUUUUCUUGGGCACGCAAGUCCUGGAUCACAGCCCGCUUUUGGAUAUUUUGUAUAGACUCUUAGUUUAUUAAAUAAGUCAUCGUCUUUGUCCAUGAAACUAUCAAGAUAUCAGAUUAGCAAUAAGCUUUUUCAUCUAGGUAUUUGAUAUGUCAUUGGUUGGCUAAAUUCACUCAUUUAAUGAUAUCGAAACACUUGUAUGUGCCGCAUUGAUUCAGUUACAUUUCCAUGAUAUCCAGUGCUCAGUGCGUGAGUCUCUGGAUUUGCUUGGCUUACACGAGUUCACACCUUCCCUGCAAUUUCAGUAUCCAUUAUGUGGACAUGUUAAAUGUUCUAAUCCCAUAGCGUUUUCUCAUAAUAGUGCUGGUCACUGAUAGAAAUGUAACCUGAUGGACAUUACAGAUGCCUGUAUCAAACUGCUAGUGCAUUAAUUCUGCCAAUUUGGUUGUGAACUCAACCAAAUGUUUUCAUAUCCAGUCAUUUUGUUCCUCAAGGGAAUAAUAAGCACUUCAUGUACUGUACAUAGUGUUCAUAAGCUGGGGGCAAUGAAUGUGUAAUGUUAAAGUAACUUUUACACAAGUGUGUGGGUGAAUGUCGCUUCCUAAUCAUGUAAACAACCUACUGAAAGGGAAUCAUCCUGCCUCGGUAGGUUUUAAGAAUGAAACAGUAGGUGCUUUCUUGUUGGAAUUUGUUGGUAUCAAGUUUCACAAUAUAUGCAUGAGCCCAGUAUUCGGAUCUGAAUAUAAAUGCUGUUUUACAAUACCACACACACUAUACCUCAUAGUGGGAAUUUUCCCCUUUAAGCAUUUAAUACAUUUAAGUUUGUUUUGGAUUGGGGCGGAAAAAUAAAGACUUGACCAAC